AAAAUUAUGAACAAAAUACUAACGAUUUUAAUGUUUUUAUAUCAGUGAGUGUUGUGUAUCCACAGUGAGAAACAGCAUGGCAUCAAAUUUAGAGACGACUGAAAAAAUUCGCCAAUGUCUGGUAAUAUUUGUUUAUGCAGUUUAUUACUUAUUUUUGUUGGCUCCAUAUCACUAUGGCAAAGCUAUUUACAAAGCGCUUGUACCAGAUGAACCAAAGAACGUUAAUGGGGAAAUUGUUUUGAUUACUGGUACGGGUCAUGGCAUGGGACGUUUACUGGCUCUAAAAUAUGCCAAAGCGGGUGCAACUGUGGUUGGUUGGGAUAUCAAUGAACAUCUUAACAACCAAACAAUCCAGGAAAUUAAGAAAAUGGGUUAUACUCGUGUAUACGGAUACAAGUGUGAUGUAUCAGAUCGAGCAAAUGUAUUUGAAGUGGCUAAAAGAGUCGAGAAUGAAGUGGGAAAUGUAACAAUUUUGAUAAACAAUGCCGGAAUCAUGCCGUCUCAUUCGUUUCUGGAGCACACUGAAGACGAAAUUCGAAGAAUAAUAAAUAUAAACGUCAUGGGAAACUUUUGGACCCUACAAGCCUUUUUACCAACAAUGAAAAGAAAUAACCACGGGCACGUUGUAGCACUGUCUUCUAUAGCCGGAUGUAUUGGUUGUACUAACUUAGUACCCUACAAUGCUUCUAAGUUUGCAGUAAAGGGUCUUAUGGAAGGACUAUAUGAAGAAUUUAGAAGAUAUCCAAAGAAUCAAGUAGAGUUUACAACAAUUUAUCCCUUCAUGGUUGACACUGGAUUGUGCAAAAAUUAUGAAAUCACAGCCGAUUUCAUAAUGCCGAUGGCAAAAGCAGAAGAGGUUGUAAAUGAGAUCUUCAAUGCGCAAACUCGAAAUAUAAGGCACAUUAUAGUGCCCACCUAUAUGACAGGUCUCAUUGACUUGUUUACGAAAUACUGGCCACGAGAAGUAACAAACCAUGCAAGAGAUACGUUUAGAGCCGAGCUGAAAUCAGACUUGGAAAUAGUUACUAAUGGCAAUAGCAUUAAAAAGCACAGUUAGGAACAAUGAGUGACAACUCACCCACAGAUUAGAACACAUUCUCAAUGUAAUUAGUAUUUAAAUUGUAUUACCAACUUAAUUUUUACAAAAUAAAUCUAUUUUUAACUUAG